CCGGCGUAAUCGCAUCGUAGAUUGAUCGUGACUGUCAGCGCAACCAAUAUCGUCAUGUCUGGUCGCGGCAAAGGAGGCAAAGUUAAGGGAAAGGCAAAGUCUCGUUCGAGUCGAGCUGGACUCCAGUUUCCAGUUGGUCGUAUUCAUCGACUUUUGCGUAAGGGCAAUUACGCCGAACGUGUCGGUGCUGGGGCACCCGUUUAUCUCGCUGCCGUUAUGGAGUACUUGGCCGCUGAAGUGUUGGAGUUGGCGGGAAACGCUGCUCGUGAUAACAAGAAGACCAGAAUUAUCCCUCGUCAUCUUCAGUUAGCCAUUCGCAAUGACGAAGAAUUGAACAAACUGCUCUCUGGAGUAACCAUUGCCCAAGGUGGAGUCCUACCUAAUAUUCAGGCCGUACUUUUGCCCAAGAAGACCGAAAAGAAAGCAUAAAUCAUCUGUUGCAUAAGGAAAACCAUAAUCGGCCCUUUUCAGGGCCACCAAAUUACUCUCGCACAGAGCCCGAAUGUCAUCAAUACCGACAAUAAUCGAUUACCCUUAUUUAUAAUUAACUAUAUACGCCAUUGGUCG